AACCAAAGAAAACAACAGAUAUCUACAAAUAACAAAAAAGAAAUCAAAUACAGUAAUAACCAACAGCAACGAAAACGCAACGAAAAAUAUGAAAAGCAAUUACCAAGGAACAACAACCAGCACCAACAAAAAAGAAAAACACGAAUCCGAAGCCGACCUAUCGAAUUCCCCAUUCGUCGAAGAGAGAAACUGUGAUUCGUCGUCCUUAUUCCUCGGCGUUUUUGACAAACGCUACCUCAAAACUGUGUAUGGGAUGUUGCACGGAAUAACAUCACUGUUAGCAGUAAUUUUUGGUAACCUUGUCUUCAUCAAUCGUGUUUUGCUUGGAGGGACACGUAGCAACAACCUUGACGUCCUAUUUCACGCCAAUAACUUCAUCGGAUGCGCAAUCACCGCCCUCUUCUUUUGGAACAAGGUCCAAUCUUGGCAACUUUCGACCACAACAAUGAAAGAAAAGGGGAUUACACCGCAGACUAUGCAGCAGUUGAAUCAGGGAAGGGGGGUUAUCUCAAUGAUGAUCUUUUCCGCAUUUCCCCUUGCAUGUCAUUAUUCAGAGUCUCAUAAUUUCUUGGAGAGCAGGUUUUUCUCAACAACGUUGGCCCUCACCCUGAUGACUGGUUCGGCUUUCGUAUUUUACGUCUUUAGGGACUACGGGAAAGUUCUUUGGAUGGUCUACGGGAUGACCCCCAUGGCUGUUGGAAUUUGCAUCUUUCUUUUUGGAACGAUCGCUUCCCUGAACGAAGUCUGUCCGUUAGUUUUGGAUCGCAUCCAAACCGAAGCCUCCUAUGUUGUUAGUUGUACCCAAGUUGGAUUCCUACUAUAUUAUCUGUAUAGCCGCAAGCUUGUCACCAAGGCAACAGUCCAAAAGAUAUGCAAAACCUAUCAUGUUACCCUGAGCGUUGCAUAUUUGCUCCGUCUCGAACAUGACUUGUUGAUUUAUUGCACAAAUUCUAGCAACAGCAACAAUCUUCUUCCGGGGCCUAUGCUGAUUCAACCAAUGAUUCUGACGAUGGCCAUGUCCGCCAAAUUGUUGCCCCUCCUUUUCAAAAUGGGUUUCCAUGUAGUAGAUAGGUUGAAGUGUGUUACCCUUGCAGGCAUUCAGAUGUCUCGACGAACACAUGGAGUGAAAAAAAAAGGUGGUCGCUUUGGGAGAAACAAAUUAAGUCCGACGAGUUGUCACCAUCUUCAACUCGAGAACAUAGAGGACGGGAGACGACACUGUUCACGAGACGGCCAAGGAGGCAAUCCCUUCGUACUUCCGCUCGUUUUGAGGCGGCUAUUCAUAGAUAGAGAGAGAGAGAUACSUAACCAAUAAUUAGAAUAAGCAAUGAACCAAAAAAAAUUUCAUGAUCAAUCCAGCACUCCCUCUGCUAUUGAAUAAUUUAUGUCAUAUCCACUAGUAGUAGUAGUAGUAGUAGCAGCAGCAGCAGCAGCAGCACCCAUAAAUACAGUAUCAAAGUACUCAAUCCCAAGCUUGCUCUCUGUUGUACUUAUUGCAUCACCAAAGGGAUAUGAAUAUGAUCACACUACGGGUACUAGUACUAAUGGGUCACUUCCUUAUACAUUGAAUUUAUGCUAACAAACUCCAUGUUGUUGAGUAUACAAGAUUAAGUAGUAUGUGAGUACUGAACAUAGAAUCAUAGGUAUUGAAUUAUUGCAUGCUACAUGUGCUUAAUUUGGAAUAUGGAAUUUGGCUUGAAAUUAACAGAAAAUAACUGCAUUCUUGCUAAAUAUUGAGAACACAUGGUGCCAGCAAGCACGUCAAAACACUAAGUACUAUUGAGAACACAUGGUGAAGUAAGUGGGCCAAAACAAAUCCAAAAUACCAAGAAAACUGUCAAUAACAACAACAGCAGGUCCCACACAAUUAAGCUAUUACUCUGCACAAGAUUAYGUGUACUCUGAGUAUGUUUUAAGUGUGUAUGAAAAUUGAAUUAUAAGAUUAGAAUUAUUCAAAGAUUACCGAGCGUGUUCACGAGAAUUCUGAAGUUCGGAUUAGAUCCUCAUGUAGAUCUGGUACUGAAUCUACAUGAAGGUUCUUCUAUUCCGGACUCGUGACAUCUCUGUUCUUCGUGAGGUAUUCUCGAAUGAUAUCUUGGACCUCUUACAAUCCUCAAUACGAAGGAUUGUAUGAUAUAUAUAUAUAUAUAUAUAAAUAGUACAUUAUGAUUCAUAGGUAGGAAUAGUAUGUUCAUCUAUUCCAGGGGAGCAUCAUUUAUACGUAUGCUCCUAAUACAGUACGUACGUAUUCUUCCAAUACAGUACGUACGUAUACGUUGCAUACUCUGUACUUUUCUCUACAGUACUAUCACCACAAACUAGCCUGUAAACUCACAAAAAGGACCAUGAAGACAAUGAAGAUCCUCAAUGGACUCAUGUCAACAGGAACUAAAAGUCGAGUACCCUGAGAACCCCCAGAACCGCAGGGAGGAACUACACCUGGGAAUGUGGUGUAAUUUGAGGCGUCUGCUUAGGCAUUGAUUCUGUCACUGAUUCCAGACACCACAAAAAACAAAGUCAGUUCUGAACUCAACAAUCAGCAUGGUCUUAACGAAGCUGCAGCAGCUAAUGUCAACCUGAGGAGGCAGGAGGUCUGGAACAUGAAACUUUACCACUCAAGAAAUAAUUGAUUUAAUGUAUGCCAACUUGGUAUGGCUUCCUCCUAUUGGGACUGAUCAGUGGAAUUAAGUAGAAUUGACUCAUGCUCUGAACUAUCCUCAUGCCAAUAGAGAUGUCAACUCCAUUUGUAAGAAGUAUUCAUCUCUUUAUAGGAAAAAUAUCCCUACUGGUGAUCCAAACUGUCCUUUGGCAGUGAGGCUGYUGGUCAGGAGGGCCAAGGGCUUGAUUGGAGAGAAGGCUGAGGACAUUGGAGGAGAUGGGGAGGAGCACUUUGAUAUACAAUGUUCUUACUCAUGACAGGAACAAUGGCACCAACACCAACAACAACAUUAACACCUCCACUAAGUUUCAUCAAAAGAAACAGAAGAUUCACAAGAACUUACUCAAUAAAAAGAGACUCAGACUACCAAUGGCRCAGCUGUUGCAGUUGCAGUUUUUGAUGCAGGUGCAAGUGUUCUUGGAUCCCUUGUCACCAUUGCCAUGCAGCACUUCAGUCCUAAAGCCAGCAAGAAGCACAAAGCACAGAUAGCAGCAGCAGUGAGAAUCUAGCAACAGUUUAUCAGAUCCCGAUUAGUCAAGGACAAAUCCUCCCAUUGUCACAUUUAUAAUUUACAUUAAAUGUAUCUAUCUUAUCCAAUUAGUAGUAACACUAAUCAACUUUAAGAAUUUGGUCCAUGCAGACUGCUGCAUUAUGGGAAGAGCAAGUGAGUUAGCUCAUGUUAUUCCAUACUAUUUCUACAUGGUAUUCCAUGUUAUGUUGGAACUUUCAAGUUCAACUGGCACCUAAGAAUACUCCAACAUGCAUUGCUUUCAUGUACUAUAUACUACAAAACAAAUAUUUUUAUUGCACUUAUUCCCGUUGUCUUAUUAUUGAAUUUUGCUAUCAUUUGUUUAUCCAAAAAGUAUAUUUCUUAUUGCUUUUGAUUUAAUGCCUUAAUGCUUAAACAUUUCAAUGGGUGCUUCUAUGCUUCAACAGACCAUGUGAAACUUUGAAAAAUUCAAAUAACACAUACAAACAUGUGCAAAUCCAAUUUAACACAAAGUAUUGCAUAGCUUUGCUCUUCCCUCCUCCACAGCUCUGUAGCUCACUUUGCUGAUAUGAAUUAGCUUAAACUUGUUUAGUUGUGCUACUUCUGAUUGAUUGAAAAUGAUAGGUAUUCUUGUCCUUUGUUUGGCUGUAUUGUUGUAUUGCUGGUGCAUCAUUGUUUUGUUGUUUUGUUCCUUUGUUCCUUUGUUGUUUUUGUUUUUGUUGUUGUAUUGUAGUAUUGUUGUUGUGUUUCCGCAGAUAUCCAGUUGUUGUUAUGUUGUUGUGUUUCCUCUAGACUCUUCUCACCAAAACAAAGUUGUUUGCAUCCUUGUCAAUUGUUGUCAUUGGAUGUGAGAAGAAGAACCCCCUUUUCCAUUGAUCAUUGGGCAUGAACACAUUCAGGAUCUGAUUGAUGCCUACAGUGCUGGCCUGAUAAUUGUACAACAUGAUCACUGUGUUCAAGACAAGAACUUUCUUCUUUUCACCACCAUGGUCCUCAAGCCUGAUCCUGUCCUUCAGCCUUGGAGAGGGAUUAUCCUCAUGCCCCACUCAGACAGCUGUCUCAAUGAUGCAGGUUGGCAAUUAAUGAAUAUAGCAGCUCUAGUAGCACUUGCAUUGACCAGGAAGUCUGGAUCCCUUUGAGCACUCCUGACAAGACAUGGUUUACCAAGUAAGCUGAAGGCUGAGUCAACCAUGACCUUUGCUCGUCCGUACAAGUUAUACUACAUGCCCUCCAUUCUAUUGUAGACACCAUACUACUCUGACAUGGUGCUAUUGUGCCAAGACCUAGGACAGUUGAAAGUGCAAGCUCUGAUUUUGCCAUCAGGAGCCAAGACAAAGAACCUAUUGACAUACAUAUCACAUGUCCAUCCAUUGUAGUGGCACAUGUUCUAUGUUGCCCAGUUUGAAGAGGUCUGCAAUCCAAGCUUCAGGCCGUCUGCAGAACCCUAGACUCUUUGUUCUCCAAGGAGUGGGCAUUUUUCACUGAUAGCAGCAACAUAAGCAUCAAUAUCCUCUCUGAAGGGAGCUCUGACUCUGGUGUCUGGAUGGUCUUGCAAGACAAAGAGGAGAACACCACACCUGGAGAACUUGACCCAUUUGUACAUCACUGUUGAUGUGAGUCCAAAUGUCACAAACAGCCCUCUUGCUACUGAAUCACAGGUCAUGAACCAGUAUAACAGUAAUCCAAGACAAGAAACCAGCAGGGUGUUUACUUCCCUGUGUUUUCCCUUUGGCAUGAUUCCAUCAUUCCUGUGGAAAAAUAUUCUUCUUACUAUGCAACCAAUUGCUUCAUCAACCAUGUAGAGGUUGAAUACUGGUGCAUAGAGUGCAAGGAGACCUCUGAAGAUCAUGUGGUCUACAACGACCACAACGACAGUUUAGAAGAGCCUGUUUGUUGUUGCCAGAACGAAACAAGUGGAGGCAUGGAGACUGAUUGCAUCUCCUGAUUGCAAGCCUUUGGGUUCUUCUCCUAUCCCUAAUAUCCCUMUCUUCUGGAGACAAAUUGUCCUGCUUGUCUAGCUCAUACUAGUGGAGAGCUAAGCAAAGGAUGAUCAAUUCUAGGGACAUGGUCCUUUUUUGUAGUAGAGUGCAAAGUGGACUGGUGGUUCUUGUCUCCUGCACUGCAUUGACGUUCAUUUGAUGCUGCUACAGCUAUCUUUUUCCUAUUUUUUAGAUUAGUGGUGACACUUGCUGGGAUUYCUUUUGAGAACACAAGUUGACACUUGAGUCACACUUUAGUAGCUUCAUUUUUGGGGCACCAUUUUUGGCUCCUGUGGCUCUUCAUGAUUCAAAAGCCUUGAAUCAAGGAUUCCAAGAAAGUAUGCUGUGUAUGCAUAGUACUUUUUUGCUGUUGUAGAGAGUCUGCAACAACUCCCUUCUUUUUUAGCAUGACUGAAAAUUAAAUGUAAUUAUAUAGAUUCAAUGAUUGUGGCAAUGAUCCAAUAUUCACAUGGUGUUUUGAGUAAGGUCUGAUAGACAUGGGGGGGGGGCGCUCAGUGAAUCGUAACCGAAGUGUCGUAGCCAGGUAUGGCUUUGUGAGUUUCGGUUGUCAUGAAGUAACAGGUACCACAACUCACACAUCACUGCUYAGAUUUUUGAACUAAACCCUCCAACGCCUCGCGGCGUCGUCGGGAGGAAGUCUCAAAAUCACACCARGUKUCAUCCACGCGCACGAGCGCUGCGACACCGAAUUGMUKGRACACGGGUUUUUGUGAGCAGUCCAGCUAUCGGGUAUAUUUUUUACGCUCAAAAUAUCAAAACGAUUGAAAAAGCAAUAGAACAUUGUGCAGAUGUUGCAAGCACACAGGGUAACAAGUUAGUUACUAGUUAGCUUGUUAGUCAGUGACUGAUUUCGUCUCUCAAACAGUUUGACCCAUAUCGGUUAGGUAAACGAAAGAGGGAGUUUGUGUUUGUGAAUCCGUCCAUAGAGUCGCGACGGGGGCUGUUGCUCAGAGAAGGCAAAAAAGGGAAAUCCAAUCGUACCACGAAUGGAGGACCAAACUGCGCUCGUACGCGUCGACCUCGUCUGUUCCCGCCUCCACUUUUCGGAGGAACGAUCACAAAUUAAAACGAUUACAGCAUCCGUCACUAAGAUUUGGAGCAUCAGCAACAGCUGCAAGAACAACCGUACUGUAGAUGUAUGGUGAAUCUUUCGGAAGAAAUGCCUACAUCAUAGCUAUCCUCCUGAGGGAUCAUUGAUAUUGCAAGGAUAACAAUAGUGCCAACUUGUCGAAACGAAAAUGAAGAGCAAUCGAGACAAACAAUGACGAAAUGUCAACAAUAUCAUGUUAUCCCUGACGCCCGAUAGAAUGCAACAGGCCAAGAGAAUUCGAUGCGAUCGAAUGGUUGCGAUAGUUCUUGCCGUCGUGCUGCUUGUAUGCCCACCGCUCUGUCAACCUUCAUUAUUUUGUGUUGGUUUCGAUGCGAUUGGUUUCUUGCGGAAAAGCAACACGUCGCAUAGACUACCAUGUUUACAGCAUCAAUGGCAAAUACUAUUGUCAGCAAAAAACAAGGAUCAUAAUGACACCACCAUUAUUCACAACUGGUGGAACGUAAUCCUCCGUAUCAGAUAGCAUAGAGUGAUACAU